AACUCUCUUAGCCUUUUGCGGAUGCAGACUUGUGUAGAAAAACUAAGAAAUUUAGAUUUUUGUAGUUAAGAUUAGUUAUUUCAAUUAGUCAGAUUAUUUCAAUUACGUUACAAUGAAAAUUGUUUGCAGUAAACUCAAUCCCCAUCUUGGUGGUUUACUGGCUGUAGAUUACUACAGAUCUCUUGGAAAAAAUAUAGACGUAAUUUGGGGAAAUGAAUCAACUGUUACCUUGCUGGAAGGCACUAAGAAAGUGCCAUAUGGGACAAACAAUGAUUUGAUAAGAAUUCUUGAGAAUGAGUUUAAUAAAACAGCGCAACCUCUUCAGAAAGUUACCAUGAACCAUUGGUUGUCUUUCAGUCUUGUAUUGGAUGAUGAGAUGCCCAAUUCUGUUGAAUAUUUUGAUAAAACAUUAGGUCCGCUUACUUAUUUAGUAGGAGAAACAUUGUCAGUCUCUGAUUUGGCUGUUUUUGCAGUUUUACAUGUUUCUAGCAAAUUCAAGGAAUUAUCAAAAAAUAAUCCACCAAAAAAUAUAUUGCGCUGGAUGAAAUUGAUCCAGGCUCAACCUGCUGUAGCUAAGACUCUAAAAGAACUUCCGGGAGAAAUAUUAGAGACUCUGAAUAAGAAUGCAUCGAGGAAAUUACCUUCAACAAAUACAGAGCCCUCUGCACGUCAGCAAGAAGGAAAAUUUGUGGAAUUACCCCAUGCUGAGAUGGGCAAGGUUAUUGUGAGAUUUCCACCUGAGGCAUCUGGUUACCUUCACAUUGGUCAUGCCAAAGCUGCGCUUUUGAAUCAAUAUUAUCAGCAGGCCUUCCAAGGAAAGCUCAUUAUGAGGUUUGAUGAUACCAAUCCUGCCAAGGAAAAUGCUGACUUUGAAAAGGUUAUCUUAGAAGAUGUAGAAAUGCUUGAGAUAAAGCCUGACUUAUUCACACACACAUCCCAAUAUUUUGAUCUGAUGCUACAAUAUUGUGAGAAACUCAUCAAAGAAGGUAAAGCAUUUGUGGAUGACACCCCAGCCGAUCAAAUGAAAGCAGAAAGAGAACAAAAAUUGGACAGUAAAAAUAAAAGCAAUUCCGUAGAAAAGAACUUGCAGUUAUGGGAAGAGAUGAAGCGGGGCAGUAGGAUUGGUGUGCAGUGUUGCGUGCGCGCUAUUAUAGACAUGCAGUCACCCAACGGCUGCCUACGUGAUCCUACCAUCUACAGAUGUAAGCCGGAAGAGCAUCCACGCACUGGCACAAAAUACAAAGUCUACCCGACCUACGACUUCGCGUGUCCAAUAGUAGACGCGAUCGAAGGAGUAACCCACGUCCUGCGCACUAUGGAAUACCAUGACAGAGAUCCACAGUUCUAUUGGUUUAUAGAUGCAUUAGGUUUAAGGAAACCAUAUAUUUGGGAAUACAGCAGACUCAGCAUGACAAACACAGUGCUGUCAAAGAGAAAGUUAACUUGGUUUGUGGAAGAAGGAUUAGUAGACGGAUGGGACGACCCACGUAUGCCGACAGUACGCGGAGUACUUCGCCGCGGAAUGACGGUGGAGGGACUUCGACAGUUCAUACAGGCGCAAGGCUCCAGUCGCUCCGUUGUCUUUAUGGAGUGGGAUAAGAUCUGGGCCAUCAAUAAAAAGGUCAUAGAUCCCAUAGCACCUCGUUACACUGCUUUAGAAUCGAAUCCAGUCCCGGUAAACCUGAAAGGGGUGACGUCAGAUAGUAAACUGACGGUUCCCUUACACCCAAAGAACCCAUCAGUUGGCUCUAAGACAGUGUGGGUGUCGCCGAGGCUAUACAUCGAUCAAGCUGAUGCAAAGACCUUGAAAGAGGGCGAGAACGCCACAUUCAUCAACUACGGAAAUGUUAUGAUUGAUAAGAUUCACAAAUCAAAACAAGAUACCGUAACUAGUAUAGACGCAACUCCGAAUCUGGAAAACAAAGACUACAAGAAGACUCUCAAGUUGACGUGGCUAGCCGAUACUGCACAUACUCCGCCUGUAAAGACGUACUGUGUAUACUUUGAUCAUAUCAUAUCCAAACCGUUAUUAGGCAAAGAUGAAGAUUUCAAACGGUACAUCGGUCAUCAAACGCGAUGGGAAGUGUCGAUGUUAGGCGAGCCAGAACUGAGUAAGGUGAAACAGGGCGACAUAAUUCAGCUGCAGCGGCGUGGUUUCUUCCGCGUGGAUGUAUCAGCGGCGCCGCCGUCUGCGCAUACGGCGUGCGCUCGACCACUAGUAUUGUUCCACGUACCGGACGGCAGCACCAGGAAUCCACACGCACAGAGUCCGUCUACUAAUACCCCCACAAUGAACGGUGCUGGAGACAAGGCUACAGUACUAGCGGCCGAGAUAGCUAAGCAGGGAGACCUAGUCAGGGACCUUAAGGCUAAAAAGGCAGAUAAGGCCACCAUAGACCAGGAAGUUAAGAAAUUGCUGGAAUUGAAGGCGCAAUACCAAACGGAGACUGGUGCUGCGUAUGCGCCGCCUUCACAGGUACGCGAAAACAAACCUAAGGAAAAGAAACCCAAGGAAGCCAAACCCAAGGAAGCCAAACCCAAGGAGGUCAAACCAAAGGAGCCGUCUCCAAAACCUUCUAAAGAGGAAUCAUCAUCAGGCCCCAAGAAGAUUACCAGGUUAGGCUUGGAGGCAAGCAAAGAUGUAGACUUGCCAGAGUGGUACACGCAGGUCAUCACAAAAUCCGAGAUGAUUGAUUACUACGACAUCUCCGGUUGUUACAUCCUGCGGCCGUGGUCGUACUGCAUAUGGGAUAGGAUACGUAACUUCCUCUCUGGUCAAUUCAAAAAGCUCGGCGUUAAAGAUGGCUAUUUUCCAAUAUUCGUAUCAAAGGCCGUAUUAGAACGCGAGAAGACUCAUAUAGCUGACUUCGCACCGGAAGUGGCGUGGGUUACACACUCUGGUUCGUCCGAGUUAGCUGAACACAUCGCCAUCCGUCCCACAUCUGAGACAGCUAUGUAUCCCGCGUACGCACGAUGGAUACAGAGCCAUCGGGACUUGCCUUACAAGCUGAACCAGUGGAAUAACGUAGUGCGAUGGGAGUUCAAACAGCCGCAACCGUUCUUGCGCACGCGCGAGUUUCUCUGGCAAGAGGGACACACCGCCUUCAGAACACCGCAAGAAGCUGGUGAAGAAGUACUGCAGAUAUUAGAUCUGUACGCGCGUGUUUACGAAGAAUUGCUAGCGAUUCCAGUGAUCAAGGGCCGGAAGACGGAGAAGGAGAAAUUUGCUGGUGGCGACUAUACCACCACCGUGGAGGCGUACAUACCAGCCAGUGGACGCGGCAUUCAGGGUGCCACCAGCCAUCACCUAGGACAAAACUUCUCCAAAAUGUUCGAGAUAGUAUAUGACGACCCCGAUACGCAGGAAAAGGCGUACGUCUAUCAAAACUCCUGGGGUAUUACUACGAGGACUAUCGGUGUAAUGGUGUUAGUUCACGGCGACGAUCGCGGUUUAGUAUUACCACCACGCGUGGCAGAGAUCCAGGUGAUAGUUGUUCCGUGUGGCAUCACGGCCUCCAGUACAGCUGACGAUAGGAAGAGCCUCAUUGACUCGUGUAAGAACCUCGUGGAUGAAUUUCUCGCUGCCGGUAUCCGCGCUGAAGGAGACUAUAGAGACAACUAUUCGCCCGGUUGGAAGUUCAACCAUUGGGAACUAAAGGGUGUGCCAAUUCGUGUAGAGUUGGGCCCCAAGGACAUGGCACGUGGCGAGAUCGUAGCAGUUAGGCGGUUGACAGGUGAUAAGCUUACGUUGAAACGGACGCAAGCUCCUGGUGAACUCGCCGCCUUACUAGAGAAAACACACGAUGAAAUGUUUGCCAAAGCAACAAAGGAUCGUGAUGAAAGAUUAUCAAUUCACACAAAAUGGAGUGAUUUCACUGAGGCUUUGGAAAAGAAACAUAUUCUUAUGGCACCCUUCUGUGGAGAAAUAUCAUGUGAAGACAACAUCAAAAAAGAUAGUGCAAGAAAUGAUGAUGAUGCAACUAGUGAUGUGAAAGCGCCUGCCAUGGGUGCUAAGUCUUUGUGUAUACCAUUUGAACCUCCACGUCAAAUUUCUGAUGCUGAUGUGUGCAUCCAUCCAGCUUGCAAGAGUAAACCGAAAUUUAUAACUCUUUUUGGUCGUAGUUAUUAAAUAAAUACUGACUGAAAAGACAUUUGAUAUGAAUAAAUAAUUUAUUGUUUC